UCAGGUUAGUGGAGCCGGAGUCACAGCCCCGCAGCUGCCCGGGUUAAUCCUGCAGGGCGGGGCAGUUCGGACAUCCGCCAUGGCGAUGGCUGCGGGCAGCACAUCCCUUGGAGGGCGCCCCCGCGUGCAGAGGCCACACCUCAGCAAGAUGGAGCGGGUGGUGGUGAACAUGCAAGACCCCGACCACGGCGUGAAGAUGCGGAGCCAGCGGCUACUCAUCACCGUCAUUCCCCAUGCGGUGGCCGGCACAGACAUCGUGGAGUGGCUGGUCCAGAAGUUCUGCAUCUCAGAGGAGGAGGCCCUGCACCUGGGCACGCUCCUGGCCCAGCACGGCUACAUCUAUCCGCUGCGCGAGCCCCGAGGUCUGGCGCUCCUGCCCGACGAGACACCCUACAGGUUCCAGACACCUUACUUCUGGACAAGCACCCUGUGGCCAGCCUCCGAGCUGGACUAUGCCAUCUACUUGGCCAAGAAGAACAUCCAAAAACAGGGGGCCCUGGCAGACUACGAAAAAGAGCAGUAUACUCUACUGCACAAGAAGAUCAACCACUCAUGGGAUCUGGUAGUGAUGCAGGCUCGAGAACAGCUGCGAGCAGCUAAGCAGCGCCGGAAGGGAGACAGAAUGGUCAUUUUGUGUCAAGAGCAGACAUAUUGGCUGGUGAACAGACCCCCGCCUGGAGUCUCUAAUGUUCUGGAACAGGGUCCAGAAAGAGGCUCCUGCACUUCACGUCGAGUGCAGAUGAUUCAGAGCUCGGAUUUCUAUAAGCGUGAGAUUGAAUGCUUCAGGAAGGCGCUGGGCAGGAACCGGGUGAAAUCAUCCAUCUGCCUUGAGGCGCACAUGAAUUUCAGCAGCCAGCGUGGCCCACAUGACCCUAUCAUGUCAGGGUGCCUGCCCAGCAAUCCCUGGAUCACAGACGAUGUGGCCUACUGGGCCAUGAAUGCACCGAUAGUGGUUGCACCCACAAAGCUCCGUGUGGAGCGCUGGGGUUUCAGCUUCCGGGAGCUCCUGGAUGACCCCAUGGGGCGGGCACACUUUAUGGACUUCCUCCAGAAGGAGUUCAGUGCGGAAAACCUCAGCUUCUGGGAGGCAUGUGAGGAGCUGCGCUUUGGUGGGCAGUCCCAGGUUCCCAUCCUGGUGGACACCGUGUAUCAGCAGUUCCUGGCCCCUGGAGCUGCCCACUGGGUCAACAUUGACAGCCGGACCAUGGAGCGGACCCUGGAGGGGCUCCACCAGCCACACCGUUAUGUCCUAGACGCGGCACAACUGCACAUCUACAUGCUCAUGAAGAAGGACUCCUACCCAAGGUUCCUAAAGUCUGACAUGUACAAGGGUCUGUUGGCAGAAGCAGUGAUCCCACUGGAGACCAAGCGACGGGCAUUCCAGUUCUUGUGGAAGCCUCUGCACUCAAGCCCCAGCCCAGCUCUCCAACUUGCCUCUGGGGAGCCCAUAGCAGCCAGCAGUCCGGCAGAUGACCAAGAGGCAUAGAUGGACCUGCCUUAUCACCUCCCACCCUACUGUUCCACAUCCCAAGUGACUUCAAAGUUAUGCUCUCCUGACUGUUGUGGAAUCCCCAGCACUUGUGCCCCCCAUGCCCAGCCUUGCUAUAGGGCCUUUGAGCCUCUUCCUGCACAGAAGAGGCCAGAUAAGAUGCUGAUUGUUAGUGAGGGAAUUUCACUGGGCAAGCCUGGCUGGGGAACUUUUUCCUAGAAAAAGGGUGAAGUCAAGGCCCCUCACAAUUCUUGGUACUGUGAGUGCCCAUCCCACCGCCAGAAUGUUGUCAAGAGACACACAGACACUUGUCAUGUGUUGCAGAGAUGUAGGUAUCCCCAGGUGUGCUGUUCUCUCUAGGGGAAUCCCACCACUGCCCUGAGUGACCCUAAUAGAGGCUUUGUACUCAGCAGACUCUGCCUACAGGCACCACACUCACCUAUUGGAUAUAGAGCAUUCUCAACCAGUGCCCUGGCUUAAUCAGAGCUAUACGAAAGUCAUUGCCCUGACCAUGAGGCAUCUGGCCCCUUCAGGGCAUGUCUUUGCUAGAGUGGCAGAGCCAGUGCUAAUUUCUACUGCCUGAGCUAUUAUCUAUGCUUCUGGCACCGUUUUCCCUCCAAGUGCUUCCUGUUCCCCCAAACACAGGAUAACGGACUCCUGAUCCUUCUGCCAUGUAGCCCAAGUGCAGGGCUAUUCACCCUCCCCUCCCAACUUCUGCAGAAAUAAAAAACUCUCAGACCAUUG